AUGUUUUACGUCUUGUCUCUUGUCUUCCUCAAACUCUCGCUCGCCUUUUUCUACGUUCGAAUCGUCAUCCAGAGAUGGCAAAAAGUUGUCAUCUACAUCACUGUCGCAACGAUGACUAUGUACGGCCUUACAUACGCCUUCACCUACCUGUUUCGAUGCGGAGCGGACAUCAACCAUCAACUUAUUCACCGAGCAGAAGGCAGAUGCAUACCAGAUCACACGUUAUUGAUCAUGACAUACAUCUUCGGAAGUGUGGACACAUUUACAGAUUUCGUUUACGCGUUGCUUCCCAUUUACGUCUUGUGGAACUCGAACAUGCCGUUAGGGAUGAAGUUUACAGCCGGUUUCUUGCUCUGCAUUGGAUCCGUCAGCUCCGUCUGUGCCUUGGUCCGCGUCGCCACUCUCUCGAAUCUGACAUCGGUGGAGAAAUUCUUCAAGCAAGCGGUAGAGACUGGCCUUUGGAGUGUCAUUGAACCUGGUCUUGCCAUUGUAGCCACAUCACUGGCGGCAUGCAGGCCACUAUGGAGGAAAUUCUUCGAGGACACGAGCACGGGGUCCUUCAUCAAGAAUACCUUUAUGUUCAAGUGGUCGGGGUCCAGGAAGAGUGGCGCUUCGUCAGACAGCAGUGGCUCCAUCGACAAGCCUGUGACAAUCGGACGAGCCCAAGGACGAGCCAAUGGAUUCGGAUUCGUCGAGCGCUCUGAAGGAAACAAGGGCUUCAAGAAGUUCAAUGACGACGAGUAUGGCGUUUCCAUGGCCACUGUCGCGGUUGGAGACGACGGAGACCCAACUGAGAUGCAAGAUCUCGGCAGACUGGAAGCGCAAACUGAUUACCGGGAAGAUGAUGAUGAAAAUGACAGGAGAUCUUUGGUGAGGACGUCGAUGCCGCCGUCUCAAAGCAGGUCGAACAGUGCGCAUCGGCAGAGCAAGUCGAAGAUAUUCAAGACGAGAGAUGUGCGAGUGGAUAUCUCGAGCACGCCUCCUCCGCCUUGA